AUGGAUGAGGAAGAGCAAGGAGCUGGCAAGAUAGGGUACCGCUCCACCGGGCUGGCAGCCGUCGUGUCACCCCUCUCACGUCUCUUCUCUCCACCCCCGCAGGGCCCGGCUGUGUCAGAUGGAGAGUUAAAUGCCUCCAGGGCCCAUGGCAGCAGCCACAGUGUAAACAGCCUGCCAGGACCACCAGCCACCUGUGGCUCUGCACAGGGCUCUGUGGUGAGCUGGGCCGAAUCCUUCGAGACGCUGCUGCAGGACCGCGUGGCUGUCACCUACUUCACUGAGUUCCUCAAGAAGGAGUUCAGUGCUGAAAAUGUCUACUUCUGGCAGGCAUGCGAGCGCUUCCAGCAGAUCCCAGCCAGCGACAUGCAGCAGCUGGCCCAGGAGGCACGGCGGAUCUAUGAUGAGUUUCUCUCCAGCCACUCAGUCAGUCCCGUGAACAUUGACAAGCAGGCCUGGAUUGGGGAGGACAUGCUGGCCAGCCCCUCCCCAGACAUGUUUCGUGUCCAGCAGCUCCAGAUCUUUAACCUGAUGAAGUUUGACAGCUACACGCGCUUUGUGAAGUCUCCACUUUACCAGGCCUGCCUGCGGGCAGAGAGCCAGGGGCAGCCCCUGCCUGACCUGCGGCCCCACUCCCGCAGCAGCAGCCCCCCACCUGACCUCAGCAAGAAGUCGAAGCUGAAGCUGGGUAAGUCCCUGCCACUGGGCGUGGAGACAGCAGGCAGUGGUUCCAACCGCAGCCCCCGCCGGUCCUUCAGGAAGGGAGAGCGGCGGGAGCCCUCCUGGGCAGAGGGGGGAGAAGGCGGUGGGAGUGCCAUGCUAUGGCGGGAGUCCCAAGGCUCACUCAACUCCUCAGCCAGCCUGGACCUGGGCUUCCUGUCCUCUGCCAACACAGCCGCCAGCCCCUGGACCGAGGGCCAUCGGAAGAGCCUGGGGGGCAGUGAAGCAGAGCUGCCGUCUAAGUCCAUGAAGUACUGCUGUGUGUACCUGCCCGAUGGCACGGCCUCGCUGGCCUCCGUCCGGCCCGGCCACUCCAUCCGUGACAUGCUGGCGGGGAUAUGCGAGAAGCGUGGCUUCAGCCUCCCCGACAUCAAGGUCUACCUGGUGGGAAAUGAGCAGAAAGCACUGGUGCUGGACCAGGAGUGCUCUGUGUUGGCAGACCAGGAGGUGAAGCUGGAGAACAGGAUAAGCUUUGACCUGGAAAUCUCCUCCCUCAACAAGACCAUCCGCAUCACAGCAAAGUCAACCAAGCGCAUCCGGGAAGCACUGCAGCCCGUGCUGGGGAAGUACGGUGUGAGGAUGGAGCUGGUGCUGCUGCGGCGGCAAGGUGAGCUAGCUGCGCUGGACCUGGAGAAGCUGGUCAGCACAGUGGCUGCUCAAAAACUCGUCCUGGAAACGCUGGCAGACAUGCGAGUGAUGGAGAGUGCCGAGGCUGCGGCUGCCCCCUCCCCGCUCCGGAGCGAGGAGGGAAGCCCAACAGGAGCAGAGCCAGACACACUGUGGGAGAUGCCUUCUUCCUUCUCCCGGCCCCAGUCCUCAGCUGCCACAAACCUGAACCGCCGCACGUACGACCUGGAAGGGCUGGUGGAGCUGCUGAACCGUGCCCAGAGCUGCAGGGCCAACGACCAGCGUGGGCUGCUCUCCAAGGAGGACCUGGUCCUGCCUGACUUCCUCCAGCUCCCCGAGCAGGACAACAGCACCUGCGAGGGGUCAGAUCAGCCCGAUGCCCCUCACCCAGGCUCCGAGGGAAACAGCCACCCACCGCCCACAGAGCCCACGCCAGCUCAGCCUCCGGUCGACCACGAGCUCCGAUGAGUCCUGCUGCACAUACACACCCGGCACGUGUUGCCACCCUGGGCCAUGCUGGGGUUCAACACGGGGCUCGACGGCCCCUGCCCUGCACCGCCGACACUGCCUGGACCGCAGAUUCAUCCACGUCCUGUCCCAAACUGUCGUGUCGUGUCACUGUGAGUGAUUGAGCAGCUGCCAUGCCCCACGGUGGGAUCGCAUCCUGGUGCAUGUCAAGGGAGUCCUGUACGUAGUUUGAACCCCUGUUGUGAAGCACUUUGCAACGUCCCACACAUGCCUGGCACUGUCCUACCCAGUGCCUCUGCCUGCUCUGCCUGUGGCAGAGCUGCCUGCCCAGCAAAUCCUGCCUGUGCUGGGCUGGCACAGCCCCACUGACCUGGGAAAAUCACCCUUCCAACCAAAAGGCAUGUAGGAUAGAGAGGGUGGGUGGGUGGCAAGACAGGCACCAGCCUCAGACCCCAGUGGUGUGGGCAGGCAGAGUCAGGAGAACACAUGGCUGGAGCUGAGAGACGAAUCUGGUCCCUGGCCCCCCAGGAACAGGGCUUCCCCCAUUGUUGAUGUGUGGGUCUGCCCUUCCUGAGGAGGGCCUGUGCCCCAGACAGGUUGUUACUGCCUGCGUUGCAUGUGUGUGGUUGGGCCUGAUCCUGCCAUGAUAGCACUGCCGUUGCAGAGCAGGGCACCUGGUUCCUGCCCCAAGCAGAUGGAGGCAGAGCCAGCAGGUCAUGCCAAAGAAGCCUUUCUCCUCCCCACAGGGAGACCCUGCAUGGGCAGCUGCUGAAGCAACCUGCAGGAACAGAUCCCUGUAGGUCCCCUGCCCCAGCCCACCUGGGGCUGCGGGUGCUCAGCCCUUGGGGACAGGCCUGGGGGGUGUCAGAGGUAUGCAGCACCCCUGGGUGCUGGGCAUCUCAGCCUGGUGUGUGGGUACCCAGCAUGUGCUCAGCCUGGCAUCCCUGCCAGUAGCUGUUCUGGGCUGUAACCUUAAGCCUGGCUCUGCCAGACCUGGCUGUGCCCUGUUGGGUCCCCAUCCCCAUCAGCCUGGUGUCCCCAGAGGUCCCAGACCGAGUCUGCGAUGAAGACAGCCCCCUGACAGCAGCCAGAACAUCCCUCCAUUGUCUGUGCAUGCUGGGGCCCUUCCUGACUGUGCCCUGGGUCACUGCUGUGUCACCACUGCCCAGACAGAGGCAGAGGGGUGGCCCAGGGCAGCCCCGAGGCUCACACAGGUAUGGGGGGCAUGGCCACCCAGCCCCACACUGCCAUGGCCAGCUGCAGCCCCAUGGCCCUGGUCAGAGCCUCACUGUGUCUCCGUGGUGCUGCUCAGUCCCGUCUGUGGUGUGAAACCUGGGGAAAUAAAGAGCAUUGCCUGGACACGUCUCCCUCUCCUUCCUCCUCUGCUGAGGC